AUGUCUCGGUCAUUCUCUUUGGGUGAGAUAGCGCAGCACAACUCGAGCAGUUCAUGCUGGGUCAUCAUCAGCAACAAAGUCUAUGAUGUGACCGAGUUUCUUCCCGAUCAUCCGGGAGGAGCAAAGAUCAUUCUGAAGUAUGCAGGGCGCGACGCGACGGCGGCCUACGAGCCAAUUCACCCUCCGGAUACGCUAGACAAAAACCUACCCACCAGCAAGCACCUCGGAGACCUGGACAGCUCCGGAGCUUCUGCCCUGCAGAAAGAACAAGAAUCGCGCAAGAAGACGAGGGAUGAGGUUCGCGUGGAACAGGCUCAGGCGCGCAAACCUCCCCUCAACCAGAUACUCAACCUGCGAGACAUCGAAAAAGUCGCGCGAGAUGUACUCACAUACAAGGCAUUAGCAUACUAUGCGUCCGCUGCCGACGAUGAAACAACGCACAACGAGAACGCACACGCCUUCUCGCGUUUCUUCUUCCACCCCCGCGUUCUCCGGCGAAUCUCGCAAGUAGAUCCCUCCACGACCAUCCUCGGCAUCAACUCGUCUAUCCCGAUUUUCAUCAGCGCAACGGGGCUCGCGAAGCUGGGCCAUCCUCUCGGCGAGGCUAAUCUCGCUCGCGGCGCAGGGCGCACAUCCAUUAUCCAAAUGCUCUCCACCUACGCCUCGCUCUCCGCGUCGCAAGUUGCCGCCGCGCGGCUCUCGCCCUCACAACCCCUCUUCUUCCAGCUGUACAAGCCGCGCGACCACGCGCUCGCUGCGGAGCGCAUCCGCGAAGUCGAAGCGCUUGGCUACCGUGCAAUCGUCCUCACUGUCGACGCGCCUGUUGCAGGCAACCGCGAGCGCGAUGUGCGCGCGCCAUUUGAGCUGGAGGCACAGGAGCGCGAGGCGGCGGGCGGGCAAGGUGGUGAGAUGCCCCGCCAGCCGGAGCGGGUAGAUGAAGAUCUGGAGGAACAAAUCAACUUGAAUGGAACUGUCGGCUCGUCGCUAUCGAACGCGGAUUUGGAUAUGACAUUCACGGAGACGAUUCCCUGGUUGCGGUCGGUAACGAAGCUUCCGAUCAUGCUCAAAGGUAUCCAGUGUGUUGCAGAUGCAGUGCUUGCCGCAGAGGCGGGCGUCGAUGGUAUCCUGUUGUCUAACCACGGCGGCCGUCAAUUAGAAUACUCGUUGCCUCCCAUCGAGGUUCUGUACAAGAUCCGCCAGCAACGUCCCGAUGUCUUCGACAAGCUUGAAGUCUACAUCGAUGGCGGUGUUUGCCGAGGAACGGAUGUCUUGAAGGCCCUUUGUCUGGGUGCCAAAGCCGUUGGCAUGGGACGUCCGUUCCUUUAUGCGCAAAGCGCAUACGGUGAAGCUGGCGUUGUCCACGCCGUGCGUAUCCUCCAGCGCGAGAUCGUCCUGGGAAUGCGGCUGCUGGGCGCGACUAGCGUGAGUGAGCUUGUUCCGGAGAUGGUGGAGAGAGUAGACUGGCAGCCUCUGCCUGCCCGCUUGUAA